UGGAUUUCCAGUAAGAAAAAAAAAGUAAAAAUGUUUAUAAUUUGUGAAUUAUUAUGUCUUUAAGCAUUUUACGAUGAUUUUCAAGCUGUUUUCUAUUCUCUUGUGGAUUUUUCUUUAAAGAUAUCUAGUUGAGCCCUUAAAUUUUAGUAGGCUCACAGUUUAGUACAAAAACAAAACCGGGUGAAAAUCGCCCGGAGAAAUCUUCAAUAAAAGUGGUUUUAUAAGUGUUUUAGAAUUUUUUUUAAGUAUUUAUUGACUUUGGUGGUGUCGUAGUACAUUUAAAGAUCCUACCCACAAAGAAUUACCCACCUUUUUGAGAGAUUUCCGGGAGUUUUCUACCAUAAUGGACAGCAGGAAGAAGUUCAAGCAGUCAAAGAGACAAGACUACCUCCAAUGGGAGGACUAUUACAUGGCCACAGCUUUCCUGGCGGCCAAGAGGAGCAAGGAUCCAACUUGCCAAGUUGGAGCUUGCAUUGUGGAUGAUCAGAAGAGAAUUGUGGGCAUUGGCUACAACGGCUUCCCCAAUGGUUGUUCAGACGAUGAAUUCCCAUGGUCCAAGGACUCCCCGGAUCCUCUUGGGAACAAAUUCAUGUACGUCUGCCACGCUGAGCUGAAUGCAAUUCUCAAUAAAAAUGCCGCCAGUCUCCGGGGAUGCACAAUGUACGUGGCCCUGUUUCCCUGCAACGAAUGCGCCAAAGUCAUCAUACAGUCCGGCAUCCGCGAGGUGGUUUACAUGAGCGACAAGCACGCUCACAAACCUCACACUGUAGCCUCCAAGGACAUGCUGACGGCCGCAGGAGUCGCCUUCCGGAAAUUCGAGCCCAAAAUGAAACGCAUCGUCAUUGACUUUGAGGACAUCGAUCGUCAAAACUUUAGCCAACUGCCCCAGACGCCCCAGAAGGAUCCCCCAUCCAAUAAUCACUGACACAUUGGGACUUCAAUUGUGAAUCUUGGCCGGAUGGAGACCACAGGAGGAGCAUCUGGGGAAGAAAAAAGUACCAGAGCAAUAAAUACUGCGUCGUUCCGCUUUGAAUCUCAUCGGGCGCCUUCUCAGCUACUUUUAUGAGCUCAAUUACACUGUGAAAAACCCCGGUGAGUUCGACUAAUCCCUAAAUGGUUUUCUUUUCUUGGAUCUGGCUUUAAUUUUCAAUUUAGCAUCUAAAAGAAAUUUUUGUAGUGUUUUGGGAAUAGUCAAAAAAUUACACAAAUUUAAGGACGAUUAAAUAUUUUUAUAUUUUAGAAAAAAAUAAA